AUGGCAACAGUUACUGAUGGAAAACAGCAGCAACCAGAACAACAAGCAUUUAGUUCAUUAAAUCGAUCGCCGUGUCAUGUGAAAUUUAAUGAUACGAAUCGAAGUUCUUCACAACAACAGAAUAGUACAAAUCAAGAUGACCUGUCGUCAGGAUCUCGGCACGGUUCAUUAUCAUCGACAGAAAAAAGUGGACGUUUCGUAGUUGUCAAAUCAACUGAAGUAUCGGAUGCAAAUGAAGCUGAUGCAAUUAAUAAUGCAAAUUCAAUGACUGAAAAUGAAAAAGUCCCAUUACAAGCUCAAUCAACAGUAGAUUGUUCAAUAAAGUUAAAUGAAAGUAUUUAUGAGGAUCGUGAUAAUCGACCACGAACAGUACUUGAUCAACUAUAUAAUUAUAAAGGUGGGAUUGUACCAAAUCCAGCAGAAGCUGAAAAAUCAACAGGGAAUUCGCAGAAAUCUGCAAAUCUCGGUACAAUCUUCGGUGUUUACCUUCCAUGUGUUCAGAAUAUAUUCGGUGUUAUUGUGUUUAUUCGUCUGUUUUGGUUAAUUGGUAUUGCUGGCGCACUUCAAACGCUGUUAAUUGUUGUCAUUUGUAGUUCAUGUACUCUUCUAACAGCUAUUUCAAUGGCAGCUAUCGCAACAAAUGGUUUGGUACCAGCUGGCGGAGCUUAUUUUAUGAUAUCUCGGUCACUGGGACCUGAGUUCGGUGGUGCCGUUGGCAUACUAUUCUAUCUGGGCAAUACAUUUGCCGCUUCAAUGUAUAUUGUUGGAGCUGUAGAAAUUGUAGUCAAAUAUAUGUGCCCAGAAAAAUGUCGUCUUUUUGGAGAUGAUGUUGAAAUACCUAUGGUAGCAUUUAAUCAUUAUCGUAUAUAUGGUACUAUUCUUCUUCUACUUAUUGGAACUUGUGUAUUAAUUGGUAUCCGUUUUGUAACGAGAAUUGCUCCAAUUUCUUUAUUUGCUGUUGUUAUUUCGAUUUUUGCUAUCUAUGCCGGUGUUAUUAAAACCUCAUUUAAUCCACCGGAUUUACCUAUUUGUCUCGUUGGUUCGAAUCCAAGUCAUUUAAUCAAAUCUAAUGUAUUACAUAAUGAUAUACGUCGUUAUUGUCAUUCAGAUGCAUGGUGUGAUGAAGUAAAUAAAACUAUUCCAUGUCCACUUUAUGAAUAUAUUUGUACGAAAUCAACCAGUACACUCUGUUCACCAGAUAAACAGAUACAAAAUGUCCGCAUUGAACAAGGUGUACCUGGAUUAAAAAAUUGGCAAUUCUCCGAAAAUCUUUUUUCGCAUUAUCGUUCUGAGGGCGAAAUUGAACAUAAUAUAAAAGGUGAUGCAACAUUUGAAGUUGUUGCACAAGAGUUAACAACAUUUCUCAUACUUGUUGGUAUUUAUUUUCCAUCUGUUACCGGUAUUAUGGCUGGUUCCAAUCGGAGUGGAGAUUUACGUGAUCCUAGUCGAAGUAUUCCACGUGGAACUAUUGCUGCAAUAUUAACAACAUCUUUUGUUUAUUUAUCAAAUGUGAUCUUUUUGGCAUCAUGUAUCCAUGGUGCAUUAUUACGAGAUAAAUUUGGUGAUAGCAUUAAUAAGCAGUUAGUCGUUUCUGUCCUAGCAUGGCCAACUAAAUGGGUUAUUAUGAUAGGUGCAUUUUGUUCAACUGUUGGAGCUGCUUUGCAAACAUUAACAGGUGCUCCAAGACUUUUGCAAGCUGUAGCUAAAGACGAUCUAAUUCCAAUACUUCGCCCAUUAGCAAAAUCCUAUCGAGGUGAACCCAUGCCAGCAUUGUUUCUUACAUUAUUUAUAUGUGAAUGUGGAAUUUUGAUUGCUGACGUUGAUAAACUUACAGCAUUGCUAUCAAUGUUCUUUUUAUUAUGCUAUGGAUUUGUCAACUUAGCUUGUGCAUUGCAAACUAUUCUAAAAGCACCUAGUUGGCGACCACGUUUUCGUUUUUAUCAUUGGAUUCUUUCGAGUAUAGGUGUACUUCUUUGCAUUUCAAUUAUGUUUAUUGCUUCAUGGUAUUUUGCUCUGAUUGCCAUGUUGAUUGCAAUCAUCAUGUAUAAAUUUAUUGAAUAUAAAGGAGCGGAAAAGGAAUGGGGAGACGGUAUCCGUGGCUUAUCAAUGUCAGCUGCUCGUUAUGCCCUAUAUCGUGUUGAUGAAACAGAACCACAUACAAAAAACUGGAGGCCUCAAUUGCUUGCAUUCAUUAAUUUCGACCGAGAUGACGAAAAGGAAACAUAUUCAAUACAUCAUAGCAAAAUAUUUAAUUUUCUUUAUCAACUGAAAGCUGGAAAAGGUUUUGUUGUCGCAGCAAGUGUCUUAGAAGGUGAUUAUCUUGACAAUCACCAACAUAUUGAACCGAUUCGUGCAGUAAGUAUUACUUAGGAAGCAUUUUUACCAUCUCAAGUACGUAUUAUGUAGUUUGAACAUAGAAAUAAUAGUGUCAAUAACACUCUAGUACCCUGAAUAAAGCUCGAGGGAAGUAUCUCUAAUUCUGUAUAAAGUAAUAGUUCGAAUAGUCUGCUACAAUGAUUUACUACUUUUUAAUUGAUUUAAAGUUGUAGAAGUUUAACUAAAGGUGUUCAUUUCUCAGUUGAAUGGAUAAGAAUAGCCAAGCUAAAUUUGAAAAGAUCAAACAGAUACGUUAUCUUGUUAAUUAUGAUGCUUCUAUUAUAUAAGAUACUAUCAAACGAAUUAUUUACAAUCAUUGUAAAUUCAUAAUAAUUAUUUCUCACUAUAUAUCGAAACAGCUGAUCUUGCGGAGAAAAAGUCUAGUCUCUUUGAUAGGUCUAGUAGGUGGACCUGCUCGAAAUUAUAUCCUUGAUCUUUAAUUUAUUCCGUAAGAUGGAAGUUAGACUUCAAAAAACAAAGAAUAGUACAGGAUGAUCACACAUUUAUAUGUCAGAGGUUCUAAUCAGCAUUCUAACAGAGUCGCAUACAAAUUUUUACAUGCAUAGAAAAAGAGACAAAAAACAACGAAGGAAACAGUCCCAAGCAAGGGGGGAAAAGCUGAUUUAAAUCACAGUAAAACUCAACUUACAAUCAAUAUAAAUUAACUGUAUUGGAAUGAGUUUGCGUGAGUUUCAGUGCCUUUGAAUGAUUUUCAGUAAUAAUUUAUGAUUUGG